AUGGCUCUGAAAUUGCUGUCUCCGAGAUUUCUCCUGGCCCUUUUAUUUCUGUUGGCAGCACAAGGCCAAGAAGAAUCUUUUCUCAAGGUCCAAGGCGUGCCCUGGGAAACAGAAAUGUGCCAAAGGCCACAGUGGGACUCAAGACUGCAGCUGGCACCAGAAAAGGAGAAUUACAAGAAGAAUGAGGAAGUGAUGCUGAACUGCACUGAUGGUUUCCAGCCACCCUUCACCAAAAUCAAGUGUUGGAGCCAAGUCCAGUCUAUCAGUCAUGGGAAAUCCAUACACAGAGGAGUUUGGCUUAGAAAGGACAGCAGAGGAGUCUGGAUCCCCAUUCAGUCUGGUGUGGGGUGCUUUGAGAUCCUUCAUGUUGACCCCGGGACCUGGGAGAUUUCCAGCACCAGCAUCAAAGUCAGCUGGACCUGUGGGCUCCUUGGUGCCUGCCAGAACAUGCAGGCCAUGUGCCGCCUGGCACAGCCUUCGCCCCCUCACUGUGAGGCUGAGGAGGUGGAGGGAGAGGAAACGCUGCAUGGCCAGGAGGGAACAUUUUCAUGUCCUCUGCUCCAGCCCUUCACUGACUACAAUGUCACCAUCACCCUGCCCCCCAGCACCAUCCUUUUCGCAUGGUUGAUCAGGACAGAGGGAACAGUGCCAGACAGACCAGAGGAGCUGUGGCUGGAUCCCAACACCAAUUCCCUCAGGUGGAAGGUGCUGCCCUCCUGCAAAGGGGAGAUCAUUGCAAUCCAGCUGAACAUCACCAGCUGGAGCGUGCGGGACGGAGGCUACCUGCAGGUGGAGAGGCUGCGCCUGGGCGGCUCUGCCACCGAGCAUCCGCUGCCUCGGCACGGCCCUGGCAGCCGCUACGUGGUGACCCUGCAGGGCGUCACGGACGCCGGAGCUGGGGCUGCGGCCCGCUGGGAGUCUCCGGCCAACAGCUCGGACUCUCCGCAGCCUCUCAACCUCAGCUGCCGCAGCGUCCACGACGUUUCCGCAGCCCAAGGGACAGCCGUGCUGCCCCUCCAGCCCAUCGCCCGACCUCAGGAGGCGAGGGAGAUCCAGCUCCUCGUGGCCGCAACGCACAACAUCUUGGCGCUGGAAGAUGCCUGCUCAGAGGAGCCACAGCCCUUCAAUGCCAGCUGGCAGCCUGGCACCUAUGUGGCCGCCGUGCUCAACCUCACAGCCCCCACUGACUUUGUGCUGGGCGAUGGGACCCACGGGCAAGGUUACCACAACGCUGCCCUCCACCCGGGCUGGGACUACACAGCCCUUCUGCGCCUCGCCCAGCGCUCACAGCAGGCGCAGAAGUUCACCUGCAUCUGCUACAGCUUCUCUGUUGCGGAACCUCUGGGUUCACGGCGUGAGAUUGUGAUUGGCGUGGUUGUGCUGGUGAUACUCCUCCUUGUGUCUGCAGUGAUCUUAUGCAUUGUGCUUUCCAGGAAAAGAUCUUCCAAGAAAAGCUAAAGAGGAUAAUCCAAGAGGUAAUGAUGUCCAGGAUAGAGAACAAUCAUUCCAGCACCUGGCAAGGGCAUCGAGACAGUCAAAGCAGUGAGAGAGUGGCGAAGGUGCAGAGGAUGACCCCAGCUAAGUGCUAUUCUCGCUCUCCUCUGACUGUGACCAGUUCUUGGGUGCCAUCCAGUUCAUCACAGCAAAAGCAAAACAGGAGGCCAAGGAGCGUUGCGCUGUUUUUUUCCUUCAGCACCCUCACCUCCCAGCUUUCACUUACUGCUAUUUAAGGCCUUUGAAUGUAACUUUCUGUAGUUCAUUUUCUCAGUCUUUGUUUUAAUUUUCUGGAAUCAGUUACUAUACACCAGAUUUGUCAGACCCCGAUUCACAUGGGCUCAGCCUGUGGGACUGUCCUUGCUCUUGCUGUGUCCUGGGUUCUCAACCCAUCUCCUCAAUCCUCUUUCCCACUCCAUUUGCUGAUAUUCAGCCAAACUCAGGGCUCUGCUAGAGUUUGGCCUGAUUGGCUACC